AAUCCAUCGUUCAUUCACGCAUUUUUCCGAGCACAUGAAGCUCGCAUCAAUGGCGAAAGCCAGACACGCUAUCAAGCAGCAUGCUUUCUCUCAAGAAACGCUCUCAUGAUCUCCGCCUCUGCUGCCAUUCGAGAGCUCCUCCGCCACCGCGUUCGGCUCCUCUCCUCUCUCCCUCCUGGUAUCGUCCCAUUCCCACCUCCCUCUCAAACCUCCGGCCACCGCCGACCACCGCUCCCAGUACCAUUGCCGAAGCGCCUGGGAUUUUCACCAGACCUUGCUGCUCAUCCGAGGAUUUACUAUUUCAAUAAGCAUCUCAACACUCUCUGCAAGGAGAACCGAAUCAGCCAAGCUUUCAUUUUGUUCUACGACGCCAUUCGUGACAAAACCCUAGAACCCAAUGUGGCCACUUACAGCACCAUGAUCCGUGCUUGCUGCUCCAAUGGUCGCCUCAAUGACGCUUUGCAACUCUAUCAAUUGAUGGUAAACAACUGCAUAACUCCAGACCUGAUCGUUUACAGCAUUCUUGUUGAUGGAUUUUCCAAAAAAGGAAGGCUUGAUGAAGCUCAUUCUCUGCUUCACAAGGCUUUGGGUAAUGGCAUCAAGCCGGACGUGGUGCUUUUCAGUUCACUCAUGGAUGGGUAUGCCAGAGUUGGUCAUGCGCACAAGGUGUUUGCUUUAUUGACUGCAAUGCUAGAAAUGAAUUUGAGACCCAAUUUGAUCACUUUCAGUAUAAUGAUUGAUUUUUUAUGUCGAAAUGAUCGAAUUCUCGAAGCAUUUUGCGUGCUUUCGAUGAUUGUGAAACGAGGGAUUAAGCCGAAUGUUAUGGUUUAUAGUAGUUUGAUCAGAGGUUUCUGCAUUAUUGGGAGGUUGGUAGAUGCGUUUGAGGUUUAUGAGUGCAUGGUGAGCAAUGGUUGUGCCCCUGAUGAGGUUGUUCUUGGUGUGCUUGUUAAAGGUCUCUGCGACGCUGGAAGAAUGCGUGAUGCCUUUCGGUUUAUUCUCAAGUCGAGUAUAAAGCCGAACAUUGUCGUCUAUAAUGAAGUGAUGAAUGGAUGGUGUAGAGCUGAAAGAUUAGCAGAUGCGUUGAAGGUUUUUCGGCAAUUAAACGAUAUUGUGCCUGAUGUGAUCACUUUUACUGUAUUUAUCAGAGGAAUGAUUGAGAAAGGAAUGGUGAUUGAAUCAGUGAUGUUGUUCUUUAGGAUGCUGAAGAUGAGCUCUGUGCCUGAUGUUGUGACAUACUGCAGUUUGAUUGAUGGCUUGUGCAAGCACAAGAGUGUGGUUUAUGGAUUGAAGGUUUAUGAUUUGAUGAUUAGAAAUGGAAUUGAUGCUGAUGUUUAUGUAUAUAAUGUGCUUAUCAAUGGUUUGUUCAAGGAAGGCCAUGCCGAAGAUGCACAGGCAUUGUUCGAUGAGCUAAUAGAGCCUGACAUUGUGAGCUACAACACUAUGAUUUGCGGCUUCUGUUCUAUGAGACGAUUAGACAAAGCCGUAGGAUUUCUUAAGCGAAUGGUUAAAGGUGAUGUUCGACCGAAUGCCAUUACUUACACAAUACUUAUACACGCUUUCUGUAAAGAAGGGAGACUGGAUGAUGCAAUGCAGUUGUUCAAUGAAAUGCUCGAUAAGGGCCCGGUGCCAAAUAUCGUGACAUAUACUUGUUUGAUAGAUGGCAAUUUUCAAGCAAAUAAGACGGAGAAUGCGAUCGCACUCCAUGAGGAGAUGCUAAGGAAAAGUGUUGAGCCGAACAUUGUUAGUUAUAGUGUUCUUAUUGAUGGUCUCUGCAAGGAAGGGAGAAUGGAGGAGGCAUCAGUGGCAUUUGAGAGUGCUGUUGGUAGGGGUUUGUUGCCUGAUGUUGUGGCUUAUGGAAUAUUGAUACGUGGGCACUGUGUUGCUGGCAAGGUAAUUGAAGCAGUUAUGUUGUAUGAUAGGAUGUUAGCUGAUGGAAUCAAGCCUGAUGGUUUUGUGUAUACAGUGCUUGUGGAAUGUCUUGGUAGGAUGGGUUGUAUUGUAGAUACUUGUGAACUGAGUCAAUUUAUUGUUUAAUUUUAGUGAUUCAAGAUACAAAAACUUAAGUGACAUUGAUUGUGUUAUUUUUGAGCUCAUUUUGUUAUGCAUGAAUACUGGAAAAUAAUGUUGAAAACUUCCCAAGAUGUAUCUUUUUGUAAGAUUGAUGAGAAC